AUGCGUCCCUUCCUGUUGUUAUCGCUCUCCCUACCAUGGAUCGCUAGUGGGCAAUACGCUUCGUAUCCUCAGAGAUACACAAGGGUAAAGCUGCCAUGUGGAACGCUUGUCAACGGCCUCAUCGACGCGAACUUCUCGUCUGUCCGUCAGUUCUUGGGCAUACCUUAUGCACAGCCGCCAGUCGGCGAUCUUCGCUGGGAGCCUCCUCUCGCUAAAAGGUUCUCGUCGCCCGUCAACGCGACCGCCUAUGGGAGGUCAUGUACGCAACCCGAGGUCCUCACCCCCAACCUGGAGAAUAUGGAUUGCCCUGAACUCAGUAUCCAAAACAAGGAAACCGGUGAGGACUGUCUGACGCUAAGCCUGUGGACACCCACGAACGCCACUAAAUUGCCGGUUGUCAUCUUCUUCUAUGGCGGAGGUUGGUACACGGGAGGACAAGAUGUGCCAUAUACGAUCCCGACACAGUGGGUGCAAAGGACGAAGGACUUGAUCGUUGUAAAACCAAAUUCGCGAGGCAACAUCUUUGGGUACCCGAACGCGGAAGGGGCCACGAACCAGAACCUGGGGUUGCUUGACCAACGACUUGCUGUCGAAUGGGUUCGAGAUAAUAUAGAGGCAUUUGGGGGUGAUAGUUCCAAGAUUACGAUAUGGGGUCAAUCGUCAGGUGCAGAACAGGUCGAUUACUACAACUUCGCUUGGCAUGAAGAUCCCAUUGUUCAAGGUCUCAUCAUGAAUUCUGGCACAGCGUUCAUCGAAGACGGUUCCGGUCCCAAAUUCUCUAAUUUCUCUUACGUGGCUACGCAAGUAGGCUGUGGAAAUCGGACCGAUGCGGCAGCUGAGCUCUCGUGCAUGAAGAAGGUCAACGCCGCGACGAUCGAGAAGGUCAUAGCUGACAACCUGAACGGUGGGGGAGUGCCCCCGUUAGCUUUCGGUUCCUCAGCUGAUGAGAAGAUCGUGCCCUCGAACUUGACGAAGUGGGCACUGGAAGGCAGGAUCGCAAAAGUGCCUGCGAUUGUCGGAAUUGACCAGAACGAGGGCGUAGGCUUCGUGACAUACAACGCUGACGGACCAAGUGCGGAAGAUCAAGCAUUGGCAGACUACUGGUUCCAGGCGCUCUUCCUCUGUCCGUCGUUCAAGACGUCAAAACUGCGUGCUGCGGCUGGUCUCCCCACAUACCGAUACAUGUACGCCGGAAACUUCAGCAACAUCUCUCCUCGGCCGUGGAUGGGGGCAUACCACGGUUCGGAGCAGCCAAUGCAAUUCGGCACCCAUGGCAACUACAGAGGCGCGUCGACGCCGUACCAAAUCGCGGUCAGCGAAGCGAUGCAAGACGCGUAUCGAGCGUUUAUCGACGAUCCGCUAUCGGGAUUAAAAGGGCAGAAUUGGCCAACAUUCACGGAAGAAUAUGGUGUCGUAAGGUGGUUUGCGAGCAAUGGCACAGUGGCCAGGAAUGCUAUAGGAGAGUUGCAAGCAUGGGAGGACAAGUGCUAA